GGUGAUGGUUUGAGCUGCAGUCUGGAUGCGACAGAGAAGAAACCUGCCAACAUGAUGCCGAUGUUCCUCACCGUGUACCUCAGCAACAACGAGCAGCACUUCAGCGAGGUUCCCAUCACGCCGGAGACGCUGUGCAGAGAUGUUGUGGAGCUCUGCAAGGAGCCCGGCGAGGGCGACUGCUACCUGUCCGAGACGUGGAGAGGCUCAGAUCGUGUCGUUGGAGAAGGGGAGCCGAUGUUGGAGGUGUUGCAGCGAUGGGGGCAGCAGAGGGGGGAGGUUCGGUACCUCCUGCGUCACCAGAGAGCACCAGGACAAGAGUCAGGUGGAUCCAGAGCUGCAGAACAGAUGAUGAAGAGGGACCAGGUGAAAGCUUCUGUGGAGAGAUCUGUGGAGAAUGGGGUCUCAGCUGCUCGUCUGGACGUGACGCUGAGCGACCUGCAGGAUCUGGCAGCCCGACAGCAGCAGCAGAUCAAUGCCCAGCAGCAGCUGUUGGCCUCCAAGGAGCAACAGCUGCGAUACCUGAAGCUACAGGAUCAGCGGCAGCAGCAGCAGGAGGUGUCUGAGCAGGAGCGACUGCAGCAGCUCAGAGAGAACGCGCACAACCAGGAGGCCAAACUGCGUCGGGUCCGGGCCCUCAGGGGCCAGGUGGAGCAGAAACGCCUCAGCAACAGCAAACUAGUGGAGGAGAUUGAGCAGAUGACCGGCCUGUUCCAGCAGAAGCAGAGGGAGCUGCUGGUCGCUGUGUCGAGGGUGGAGGAGCUGAGCGACCAGCUGGAGGCGCUGAGGAGCAGCAGGCUGGAGCCUCCUCCUCCUCCUCAUCACCACAACUCCUCCUCUUCCUCCUCCUCCACAGCAGAGCUGGAGCGCCUCUACAAAGAGCUGCAGCUGAGGAACAAGCUGAACCAGGAUCAGAGCGGCAGGCUGCAGCAGCAGAGAGACAGCCUGAACAAGAGGAACCUAGAGGUGGCGGCGAUGGACCGACGGCUGGCCGAGCUUCGGCAGCGGCUCUGGAAGAAGAAGGCGGCCCUGCAGCAGAAGGAGAACCUGCCAGUGGCUUCAGACAGCAUGGCCCCUCACCAUGGCGUGGGCUCCAGAGUGGCGGCAGUGGGGCCGUACAUCCAGUCAUCUUCCACAACAUGCUCUCAAGGGCCUCAGGUGCCGGCCCGCCAGGAUGUUCUGGUGAAGCCGGCGUACCCGGAUGGCACUGCCACCCUGCCCAUGCCCGACUCGUCCCUGAAGCCACCUCCCAGACCGGCCAAACCAGCCUCAGGUUUCACCAAAAUAACCAAACUCUCUGACUGGAGCAGCUCAUUUUCUGAAUCCAGUAGAGGUAACGGCCACGCCUCUACCCUGCCUCGCAUGUCCGGCCUCAGCUGCCACAACUCAGGUGGUAAGACCCUCACGGACCAGAAGAGCCUCUCUGGGUCUGACAUCCCACCCACUGUACCCUCACGGACCAAUCACAUCACUGACAACCUGCUCAGGGACAAUCAGGUCUCAGGUAAAGGUCAGUCCAAGAUGGCGGCGCCACCUCCAGUUCCCAGUAAGCCCAAACCGAUCUCCACUGGCCCACCAACUUUCUCCAAGCCCCUCUACAGCACUGGGACCUUUCCUGGCAAGGUGCGGCCAGUCGGGGGCCACCUCAGGGCUCUGGGAGUCCUCUCCAGCCACAGCCACACCCUCCCUCUGCCCAACAAGCAGGAGAGUCCGCCAGCCGCCGCCGUACGACCAUACACCCCCGACCUCUCAGAGCCCCCGCCCCCUGUGCUGCAGAAGCCUCAGACUCUGGCGGCUUCGUCCAUCUACUCCAUGUACACCCAGCAUGCCACGCCGGGGAAGGGCUACCAGCCGAGCGGGCAGGGAACGCUGCCUCGCAGCCAGCCCAGAGUGUAUGGCAAACCAGUUCUCCCAGCUAGCGGGGGGCAGCAGUCUAUCGGCUCAGAUGGCCCAAUCAUGAAUUCUGGGUCUUGCGUGGUGGGCGGGAGUGAGGUUGACAGCGGUUGCCUGGGUAACGGCGAAGGUUUCGGAGCAGAGACGGCGGAACGAGCCACCCCGCGACCACUCAGCCCCACCAAGCUCCUCCCCUUCCUGUCCAACCCCCACAGGAACCCCAGUGACGCCGACCUGGAGGCCCUGCGCCGCCGGCUGCACCACGCUCCCCGGCCCCUGAAGAAACGCAACUCCAUCACGGAGCCGGAAGGCCCUGCUGGACCAAACAUCCAGAAGCUGCUGUAUCAGAAAACCACUCUGGCUGCGAUGGAGACCAUCCCCAUGGAGACAGGUGGUCCUCGUGGCGUUCACGAGGACAGGAUGGGCGGUGCAGAUGUAGCGUCCAGAGUCGAGGACAACACCAGAGCGGGCUUCAACCAGCCGCUCGCUGAGAGCCCAGAGGACAGCCUGACUCCGCCCCCUCUGCCCCCACGCUCACCCAUCGCAGACCCCGCCUCCUGUCGCUUACUGCCCCCCCCUCUGGAGGACAAAGAGGAGGAAGAGGAGGAGGAAGAGGUGCGUCCGUCCGCCUCGUCCCUCCAGGACUACUUUGCAGACGAGUUCCCGCCCUACCCGCCCCCACCUUACCCUACCUGUGGUGACGGGGAGCAAGGAGAUGAUGCCCCCAACCUGCAGCCGCCAGAGGUCACAGGACAGGUCACAGCGCCCCCGGGUAAGAGGUCGAUCCUUCGUAAAGCUGGCUUGGAGCGGAUUGACCGGAGCGUGCGGGUCAAGUUUAACCCUCUGGCUCUGCUGCUGGACUCGUCACUGGAGGGCGAGUACGACCUCGUCCAGAGGGUCAUCUAUGAUGUGGACGACCCCAGCAUGCCGAACGAUGAGGGCAUCACGGCGCUGCACAACGCCGUCUGCGCCGGCCACACUGAGAUCGUAAAGUUUCUAGUUCAGUUCGGUGUCAACGCCAACGCUGCUGACAGCGAUGGCUGGACUCCCCUCCACUGUGCUGCCUCCUGUAACAACGUUCAGGUCUGUAAGUUCCUGGUGGAGUCGGGAGCGGCGGUGUUCGCCACCACAUACAGCGAUAUGCAGACAGCUGCCGACAAAUGUGAGGAGAUGGAGGAAGGCUACGCCCAGUGCUCCCAGUUCCUCUACGGUGUUCAGGAGAAGAUGGGCGUGAUGAACCGUGGCGUGGUUUACGCCCUGUGGGACUAUGAGCCUCAGAGCGACGACGAGCUCGGCUUCAGCGAGGGCGACUGCAUGACGGUGCUGAGACGGGAGGACGAGGUGGAGACAGAGUGGUGGUGGGCAAGAUGUGGUGACCGUGAGGGCUACAUCCCCCGCAACCUGCUGGGGCUGUAUCUGAGGAUCAAGCCACGGCAGAGAAGCCUGGCUUAACCGACGGCUUACAAAUCCUUCAAAAGACCGUAGAGUUCUUAGGAGGAGGAGGAGGAGCAGAUGAAUAAACCUCUGGACUCGUGCUGCACGGACACAAAAUAUCAGAGGCUGAAAAAAAAAGAGACAGAUGUUUUCUGAACUGCCUGUGGACUUGAUUGGUUUUUCAACCUCAGCACAAAGAAUGUCACAAUGAACUGCUGGAGAGACGGUAAAAUGAACAGAUUCUCACUUUACCAAAAUGUAUCAGCAGAUAUUUGACUUUUGCAGAUGAUUUUUGUUCCUUUGAGAGCCUCAAAAACAAAAUGUGACAAUUAUUUGGGGUCCUUUUUAAUAUUCUUUUUUAAGAUUUUAUUUUAUUUUACUGAACAGGGACAUUUGAUGUAAAGGCAAGAAAUUUGGGGAGAGAAAGAGAGUAGACAUGCAUCCCAAAGGUUGGAAUCAAACUGGGGACAAUGUGUUCUAACUACGAGCCCACUAUCUUUUUGUUUUGUCAUUUUUAAAGUAUUUAAAAGUACAAUCCCAUGAUUUAUUACAGCUACCAAAAAAUUUAGAAAAUAAUGCAAUUACAACAAAACACAAAUCUAGAAGGUUUUAUACCAAAUUUGGAGUGUAUCUUAAAGUAAUUUUUUUGUGUACUUGGCAAAGCCACCAAAAAUAUUAUUUGUGUGUAGAAGAUAGUAACUAAUGUGAACAAGAUAAUAAGUUGGCAAAUUAGAUAAUAACAUGUGUGAACAUGAUUGUAAUUUAUGGCACCACGUUGGUGAAAUAUCUUUUUGUUUCUCUGCGGGCUCCAGAUUAAGGUUUACCUGGAGUUUUUUUUUUUUUUAAAUAAAUUUCAGCUUGUUUUUGUUGUGCACGUUUGCAGACAGGCUCGGCCAUUUGUUAAUAUCAGUUUGAUACUUAUGCUAUUAAUGUUCUUAUGUUACCCAAACUCCUACAGGAUUAGCACUUGUUUUGAGAGAGUUGUUGAAAUUUUUUGUUAUAAAAUUUUAUUUACAAAAUU